UAUGGAAAUACCAAGUUUUGGUGAUUUAAGUAAAUGUGCUCGUGAUAUAUUAAAUUCUGGUUAUCAAUAUGGAAAAGGGGUUGCUAAAAUAAGUUUUAAAACAAAGUCAAAAAGUCAUUUAGAAGUUGACAGUAAUUUUAGUCUUGAUCAAGCUGAUUUAACAGGACAAGGUGAUGCUGGUGUUUCUUUAAAAUUACGUAAUUAUGGUGUAUUAACUGAAAAAUGGUACAGUGAUGGAACUCUUUGUUUUGAUUAUGGAAUUAAUGAUAAAUUAAUAAAUGGUUUGAAUAUAACAGCUGGAUGUAAAUAUAAUCCUUCAACAAAUUAUUCAACUGCAACUAUUGGGACAAAUUUUAAAAAUGAAAAUUUUAAUGUUUCUGGUUCUAUAUCAAAUAUAUUUGAUUCAAAUUUUGAAUUAUUUGGUGCUGCUGUUGUUGGAAUGAAAAAUUUAUUAUUGGGUUAUCAAGCAACUUAUGAAACUGGCACAAAUGCAUUGACCAAAAGUGAUAUUGGGAUUACAUAUAAUUUCACUGACUUGAAAUUGCAUUUUAAAUGUUCACCUGGUAUAUCAAAUGAUUUUGGAUUAUCAGCUGCUUACAGAGCAAAUGAUAAUUUAGAAACAGCAGUUAGUGGUACUGUUACAAAAACAAAUGAUAAUAUUGAAUAUUGGACAUGUGGAUUUGGUACAAGAUAUAAACUUGAUGACACAUCAACAUUAAGAUUAAAAUUAGAUACUGAAUUACAAUUGGGAACAAGUAUACAACAAUUAAUACAAGAUGGUAUUAAUUUAACACUUGCAUUUGGUUUUGAUUUAAAGGAUGUUGUUAAUGGUACACAUAAAGUUGGUCUAGCCAUUGACAUUGAAGCAUAAAAAUUUACGAGAUAAUUUAAAACUUGUUUCAACUUUUUUUUUUUCAAAUAAAUUCUCACAACUCAUUUGACAAGAUAAAAAUAAAUUUACUUUUUCUAAUCACUGACCUCAAUUUCUUGCACUAAAAAAAAAUCACUUUUAAAAAUUUCAAGUAGCUUUUUUAUUGAGCACAAAAACA